AUGACUACCGUCGAACCAUACCGUCCUCCACAGCAUAAAUUCCCUUCCGGGGCGCCUUCGAGUCGAGCACGAACCCAUCCCGCUUCAACGUCCAACAGCACCAUAAGCCAGAACAUACCACCCGCGGUGCCAUCACCACCACGCCUCUCGCGCAAUUCGCCGCCUGGAAACCUCUCCCGCACAGCGACAAAGCAGCCGUUCAAUAAGAUACGCCAAGAUUAUCGAGAAGGGAGGGACCCGAUGGCUGUCCUGGACCCGGAGGAGGGGUACAGUCAAUGGCUGUUCAGCGCCGAAGAGCUCCAGGCCACGCCGUCGAUGUGUGACGGCCUGGAUCCGGCUGAGGAGAGGUGUCGCCGGGCGAAGGGUGUGAAUUUCAUUAUACAGACGGGCAUACUGUUGAAGCUGCCGCAGAUGACGAUUGGGGUGGCGAGCAUUUUCUUCCACCGGUUUUACAUGCGGAAGAGUAUGGUGGAGAAGAAGGGGGGGCUGCAUCACUACAGUCUCGCAGCCACUGCCCUCUUCCUCGCAACCAAAACUGAAGAGUGCUGCCGCAAAACUAAAGAGAUUGUUAUCGCCGUCGCCAAAGUCGCCCAGAAGAACGCCGCCCUCAUCAUCGAUGAGCAGUCCAAGGAAUAUUGGCGCUGGCGCGACUCCAUGCUCCUUUACGAAGAACUCAUGCUGGAGGUUCUCACCUUUGACCUCGUAGUACAAACCCCCUACUCGCUUCUCAUUUCGGCUCUGAAGCACUACAAUUUCGAAGACAACAAGCAUAUCCGCAAUGUGGCCUGGGCAUUCGUCAACGAUUGCGGCAUGACGAUGGUAUGUCUGGCGAUGCCGCCCCGGGAUAUCGCCGUCGCGGCGCUGUAUUUUGCGGUCCAGUUCCAUUGGGAAACGAUACCUGACGAUGAGGAGACGGGGCAGCCGUGGUGGGUCGUGUUGGGUGGGAAGUCGGACAGGAUUGUCAGGGCUGUGGGCUUCAUGACCGAAUUCUGGCGCGAGAAUCCGCUGCGCAAACCAGAAACCCCUUACGCUGGGUACACCUCCUCGAGCGAGGAUCUGGACAGGACGAGGAAGCGCGCGGGUUCGGAGGUCAGCAGUAUCAUCUCGCCGCCGUCUGUCAACGGUGAUACUCAGUCUCACCAUAACAGUUCCCCGAAAGUGAAGGAGGAGGAGCCUGCGCUGAAAAGGGAAGCGGAAGAUAAUGGCGAGGGGUCCGUGUCUUCGUCGAAGAGGAAGGAGACAGAUGCGAGUUUCGAAGAGGGCGAGGAGAUCGACGAGCCGGCUGCGAAGAGGGCGAAGACGGAAGAACCUGGCGAGGAGGACGAGUCUGGAGAUACCGCGGAGCCGGGGGAGGUGGAUGAUGCGCCGGGUUCGUGA